AUGUGGAUCAACAGACCAAAAAAUAUGCAAAUGUUAAAUAGAAUCGUACAGAAAAUUAUGAGCAGAAGUUUCGCCGCUGGAACAACAACAAAACUGGCGCUCAUAGUACGCGGCGAUCUGAAGAUGGGCAAGGGCAAAACGGCAGCUCAGUGUGCCCAUGCGGCAGUCAUGUGCUAUCAAAAUGCGGCGCAGGGCAGCGAGGCACAGAACGCAAUCCUCAAGCGCUGGUGCCGCAUGGGCCAGCCAAAGAUUGUGCUACGUGUGGAUAGCUAUGAGCAGCUAAACGGAUUGCAACUGCAAGCGGAGCAGGCCAAUUUGAUCGCUGCUUUGGUAAGGGAUGCGGGACGCACGCAACUGGAUGCCGGCACAGCUACAGUUUUAGGCUUGGGUCCGGCAAACGCCAUCGAACUGGAUAAACUUGUUGCUCACUUGAAACUCUUGUAAAUCGAUAUAUCUUAUAAUUUCUUUAUGUACAUAUAUGCAAUUAAUAAUAAUGAAAUCAACAAACUCAUAAA